AUGAUGAUCCCUACAAUCAACCGAGACUCCGUAUGCGGAGACAAAGACUACAAACCACCAACAGCAUUCCCCAUUGGGCCAUUCAAGAGGUACAAACAUAAUCCAAUCAUGACGCCAGACCCCGAUGUCGAAUUUGAAAGUGCAUACUUAUACAAUGCUACCGCUAUAGUCAUUGACGACCAUGUUGUUAUGUUAUACCGGGCUCAAAAUAAAGCCAAAUUAUCGUCUGUGGGCAUUGCUUGGUCUUCUGAUGGGGUUAAUUUCCAUAAGCACAAGAAACCAAUAAUAACUGCGACUGAACCUUAUGAAGAAGGUGGCGGUAUUGAAGAUCCUCGAAUUGUGAGUGAUCCUGAGCUGAAGUUGUUCAUUGUCACGUACACAGCAUAUGACUUGCACACGGCUAGGUUGUGUGUGGCUACAAGCGAAGAUUUAUUUCAUUGGGACAAGCUUGGACCUAUUGUGCCUACCUCCUGGAGUGACAUUGCAGUCACUAGCAAUGGAAACAGGAUCAUUCGCAAAAACUGGCUGAAAUCAGGAGCCAUAUUCAAUGAAAGAAGCAAAGAUGGCAAGUAUUAUAUGAUUUGGGGAGAUUGCCAGUUGCAUCUUGCCGAAUCCACCGACUUGGUACAUUGGAGGUUGACCCACAACUCAAUCAACCAAAACACCUUUGCCAAACAGAUUUUGCAUCGAGAAAGUAAAUUAAUCGAAAGUGGGCCAGCUCCAAUCAAAAUGGCGGGGGACUCCAACAACCAGUGGAUCUUCAUCUAUAAUGCGGCAACCACAGGUGGGUUUGAGUUGGCUCCCGAUACAUACACUGUCAAUGCCAUGUUGGUUGAUUAUGAUAAUAUCAAGCAAGGGCCAGUGGCUCGGUUAGAACACCCCAUCUUGGAACCGCAACUGCUGAACGAAGUUGAAGGACAAGUUAACAAAGUUGUGUUUUGUGAGGGGAUUGUGCAGUUCAAGGGACACUGGUUUUUGUAUUAUGGACAGGGUGAUUCCGAAUUGGGUGUAGCAAUAGCCCCCGUGACGUAG